UGUCCUAUUUAUGUAUAUAUAUGUUUUUGGAUUCAAUUCGAGCUUGAAAUUGUAGGAGCACUUCCAUUAUUUUCUUCUAGAGUUGGUUCAGUUCCAUCAUCGGAUAUAAAGAAUGGCAACUCUGAGGCGGUUGGAGGUGACCCCAAACCAUGUUACAAUUGUUUGGGGAGAGAUACAAUUGCAAAUGCUGCUGCUUGGGUUGGUCCUGCUGUAGUCAAUCUUUGGGUUGCACAUGGGUUAGGGUUCUAUGGCAUUACUAAUCAGAGAAUAGGGUCAGGAACUAUAAUUGAUGAGGAUGGUACAAUUUUAACAUGCGCUCAUGUUGUGAAUGAUAUUCAAGGCAUGGGGGGUGCAGUCAAAGGAAAGGUUUGUGUGACUUUGCAAGAUGGUCAGGCAUUUGUGGGUACAAUUGUGAGUGCUGAUUUACCUUCUGAUGUUGCAAUUGUAAAGAUACAUUCAAAAUCCCCGCUUCCGACUGCAACACUUGGUUCUUCCAGUAAGCUUCGUCCUGGGGACUGGGUUGUUGCUAUGGGAUGUCCAUUCUCUCUUCAGAAUACCAUUACAGCUGGUAUUGUAAGGUAUUCAGAAUAA